GUUUUUAUUCAGCACAGGAGUUGUCAGUCUCUACUCACGCGUCUCAGUCCAAAGGAUCAAGAGUACAGAAAAAUAGGAGAGUGAUGAGCUACUGACAGUCAUGCUGUCGUUUCUACUGUUCCUGCUCUUGUUCCUGCUGCUUGUGAUCUUUGGUUUUGUUUACUUCUAUUUUAUCCAUGGCACAGGGGAGAACCCCUUUCGCCAGCUGAUUUUGCACUCCCCAAAGCCAAUAGUCACCGAUGUGGAAGCUCGGAAAAAGGUCCUCAAGAAAGGUUUUUCUGUGGAUAAAGUGCCCUCCAACUUAGAUGCGGUUGUUAUUGGAAGUGGCAUCGGAGGUCUAUCUGUGGCAGUUGUUUUGGCCAAGGCAGGAAAACGGGUGUUGGUAUUGGAGCAGCACAGCAAGGCCGGAGGAUGUUGUCACACCUACACUAAGAAGGGCUUUGAAUUUGAUGUCGGCAUCCACUAUGUUGGAGAAGUUCAUGAGAACAGCUUCUCACGGAUGAUCAUAGACCAACUGACUGAUGGUCACCUAGAUUGGGUUCGAUUAGAAGAUCCAUAUGAUUUUAUCACCUUGGGAGACAAGGAAUAUGAACUCUACUCUGGGAAGGAAACCUUUAUGAAGGAGUUGGAGAGGCAGUUCCCAGGGGAGAGAAAAGCCAUCAAAGAGUUCAUGAGGCUAUCAGAGAUUACAACAAAACAUACUCCCUUGCUUGCCAUGCUGAAGAUCCUUCCCUUAUGGCUGUCUACAUUCCUGAUCCAAUGGGGCCUCAUUCACUGGAUCUCACCCAUUUUCAAAUUGACAUGUUCCAGUCAGACCAAGAUUGUAGAACAGUUAACCACCAAUAAAGACCUGCAAGCCAUCUUCAGUUACUUCUUCUAUGGAGUUCCUCCAAAAGACUCCAGUUUCCUCAUGACUAGCAUACUGGUUCGUCACUACCAGCGUGGUUCAUGGUAUCCAUUAGGGGGACCUAGUGAGAUCCCUUUCCACAUCAUCCCAGUCAUCGAGAGAGCUGGAGGUGCUGUGCUCAUGAGGGCCCGUGUAAAUCAGAUCUUGAUCUCAGAGUCUGGCAAAGCAAUAGGGGUGAGUGUACAGAAAGGACAGAAUGAAGAGGUGAACAUUUAUGCUCCUCUUGUGAUCUCGGAUGCUGGCAUUCACAACACCAUGGCGAACCUCCUGCCUCCUCAGAUCCGAAACAAACCAGAAAUCAAGUCCCAAACGGAAAUGGUCCAACACAGUAUGGGUUCCUUCAUCGUCUUUGUGGGCCUCCGAGGGACCAAAGAGGAGCUUGGUCUCAAGUCAAGCAACUAUUGGAUUUAUCCAAGCAAUGAUCUCGAUACCAUGAUGACCACAUACACUGAUUUACCCAAAGAAGAGGUGAGCAACAACAUCCGAAUGAUGUACAUCACCUUCCCAUCAGCCAAGGAUCCCACGUAUGAAGAGAGACACCCAGGUUGUUCUUGUAUGACAAUCAUCACUAUGAUUCACUACAAAUGGUUUGAGGAGUGGUCUGGAGGCCGCGUGAGGAACAGAGGGCCUGACUAUGAUGCCUUUAAAAUGGAGAUUGCUCAGCAAAUGCUAGACAGGACUUUGGAGAAAUUUCCUCAGCUCCGUGAUAAGGUUGAAUUUAUGGAAGCUUCUUCCCCUCUCAGCAACCAGUACUAUCUAGCUGCUCCCCUGGGUGAAAUGUAUGGUGCAGAGCAUGACCUAGUCCGCUUCAGUCCACAAGUCAUGGCGACCAUGAGAGCCAAGACUCCUGUUCCCAAUCUCUAUUUGACAGGCCAAGAUGUCUUCUGCUGUGGCCUGUUUGGGGCUCUGAGUGGGGGCUUGCUUUGUUCUUCUGCUGUGCUCGGACGCAACGUUUUCCUCGACCUAGUUCGAUUGAAGAAGAAACUGAACAGGCUGAAUCACAAGAAGAAGAACUAGUCUUUUCAGACACAAAUAGUCUUACAGGGGGGAAAAAGUGCCUGGUUGUAAAAAUGUAAGAUUGGCCUUGCAGAAUCACAUUGAAGGUCCUUUUGGUCCAGCUUUCAAUUGAGUGCCUCUUGGACAGCGGUUCCCAAACUUAUUCAGCCAUGGAACGCUCCAGAAGACAUUUACUUUCUGUGGAACUCAAUUCUGUCCCUGAUUUGUUUAUUCAAAAUAUAAUGGAAUCCCAGAGCCAUUGAGUUCAACCUAUUGUGUCAUAUAGGCAGACCGGACUGAUCAGCUAUGGCCUAGUCUAGAGUCAUAGCCUGAGUUGGUCACCAUCCCCACAUCUUGGUAAAUUGCAUACGCUUUUGAAGAAAUAAACCUUUCUUAUUUCUCA